AAUUUGGAUAAAAAUAUUUAAAUAGAGAAUCAUGAUACAUAGUUUGUUUAUUGUAAACAAUAGUGGCGAUGUUUUUCUUGAAAAACAUUGGCGUUCAGUUGUGUCUCGUUCCGUAUGUGAUUACUUUUUGGAUGCCCAAAGGAAUUCACAAAAUGACGUGCCUCCAGUCAUUCCCACUCCUCAUUACUAUUUAAUUACUGUCCAACGUAAAGGUAUUUCAUUGGUGGCUGCUUGCAAGCAGGAAGUGCCUCCCCUAUUUGUUAUCGAAUUUUUACAUCGUGUCAUUGAUACAUUCGAGGAUUAUUUUGGUGAUUGCUCCGAAUCGAUUAUUAAGGAAAAUUAUGUUUUGGUCUAUGAGCUGUUGGAUGAAAUGUUAGAUAAUGGUUUUCCAUUGGCUACAGAAAGUAAUAUUUUGAAAGAGUUGAUCAAACCACCAAAUAUUUUGAGAACCAUUGCCAAUACUGUGACCGGUAAAAGCAAUGUCAGCACAAUUUUGCCUCAAGGACAACUGUCUGCAAUUCCUUGGAGACGGAGUGGUGUACGUUACACAAACAAUGAAGCCUAUUUCGAUGUUAUCGAAGAAGUUGAUGCCAUUAUUGAUAAAUCUGGAUCAACAGUUUUUGCUGAAAUUCAAGGAUAUAUUGAUUGCUGUAUCAAAUUAUCGGGAAUGCCGGACUUAACACUUUCCUUUAUGAAUCCACGUUUAUUUGAUGAUGUCUCAUUUCAUCCAUGUGUACGUUUUAAACGUUGGGAGGCGGAACGUCUAUUGAGUUUUAUACCACCUGAUGGUAAUUUCCGUUUAAUGUCGUACCACAUUAGUUCCCAAUCGGUGGUAGCUAUUCCCAUCUAUAUACGUCAUAAUUUUUCAAUAAAAACUGGUGAACAAGGUCGUUUGGAUUUAACGGUCGGUACCCGUACUCUUAUGGGUCGUGCUGUGGAUAAAGUGAAAUUGGAAAUUGCUAUGCCCAAAUGUGUUUUAAAUUGCAUACUCACACCCAAUCAGGGCAAAUAUACAUUUGAUUCGGUAACCAAAACGUUGAUAUGGGAAGUUGGCCGUAUAGAUGUUACCAAUUUGCCAAAUAUAAGAGGAACGGUCUCUAUUCCUCCCGGUACCCCAAGUUUAGGUUCCAAUCCUACCAUAAAUGUGCAAUUUACCAUCUCACAAAUGGCUGUAUCCGGACUUAAAGUUAAUCGUUUAGAUAUGUAUGGUGAAAAAUAUAAACCUUUUAAAGGUGUUAAAUAUAUUACAAAGGCUGGCAAAUUCCAAGUUAGAAUGUAAUCA